CGCAGCCGGCGCGCGGCGCAAGGAGCUCGCGCCUCGAGGCAUCCACGCGAGCGGGCGGGAGCGCGCUGAGACCUCGGCACGCCGUCAGCAGAGCACGCAGACGCGCGGCCAAGGCAUGCGCAAGAGACCGCAGCGGCCAGCAGCAGCGAGGCUCUGGAUGCAUCCACCUCGAGCUCGCGCUCGCCGCUCCUUGCCAUCAUCAUCCACCACCCUCUCGUUCCGCAGCAGCAGCUGCAGCAGCUGCUCGCGGCUCCCGCUCCUCGUCGCCGCUGCAUCCGCGCUCGUCGUGUCGCUUUGGCCGCGCUCGUGUCGCUCCGCCUUCUCGCCUCCUGCGCUCCACAUUCCCAUCCGCCGCCGCGCGUGCACGCCCGACGGCGCUCUUCUCUCUCUCCUUUCAUUCACCUCGCAUCCUCUGCACCACAUCCACCUCGGCACAUCCAGUCGCUCUGCUCUGCUCCUCGCUCGUGCUGCUCCACCGCCGCUGCCGCUCUUCGCCUCGCCGCCGCGGCGUCUUUGCUGCGUCUCGCAUCCAUCCGUCCUCUUGCCCGCGCCAUCCGCCUCGCCUUGCGCAUCGCCGCCGAGCCUGAGGCCGUGCUAGCGUCCUCGCCUGGCUCCUGCUCUCGCAAACUGCGCCUCUGCGCCUUGCAGGUGCUGCCUCAGGUGCAUCGGGUGCCGCCCAGCCUCAGCCGGGUCUUCCUGGCGCGG